UGCCGAGUUAUCCAUUUUCGAUGUAUUAAGCGGCGCGAAAGCUACUCGACGCCUCAGAACAUCUAUAGCAUUGUCGUUAUUUGGGUGAAUUGUUUGAUCUAGGCUCUUUGUCUCAUCAUGGCUCCAUCAGCUACCGAGCCCUUUGAAUCUCAGACAACAACUACCAACCGAGUUUUGGUUAAACCAUGGAGUCGUCCACAGCCUACAACUGAGAACCUUGAAUGGGCGCCACUUGUGAAGAUUGAUCUGUCUCGUUUUGAUGAACCAGGUGGGAAACAAGAACUUGCGAAGCAACUUUACGAUGCUGUCACUCGUGUUGGAUUCUGGGUCGUUGUCAACACAGGUAUUGACGAUGAGCGGGUUCUCAAACAAUUCAGCAUUGGCAAUACAUUUUUCAAGGAGCCUUUAGAAGAGAAAUGCAAGAAUCCUUGCAACUUUGCUGAGGGGGAAUACUUCGGAUACCGAGAAAAUUCGCGAUGGAUCGGGGAUACUAGAGUGAAGGAGAACAUCGAGAUGCUCAACAUCCCUAAGGCAAUCCCGACGUAUGAAAAUGAGCCCAAACAUGAGAUCGUGAAAGAGAACUGGGAAGAGAUUUCAAAAUUUCAUCGCGACGUUUGGGAGAAAGUUGCACGCAAACUUUUUGUGCUUAUCGCCAUUAUUCUUGAGCUCCCGGAGAACUACCUUGCGGAUGCACACGCAUACGAUGAAGACUCAGAUGACCAUUUGCGAUACAUGAUUUAUAAUGUCAGAACUCAAGAGGAGUGGGAUCGUGCCCAGGCCUAUUCGAAAGGCGGCCAUACCGACUUCGGCAGCUUGACUCUGCUCUUCUCGCAACAUGUUGCUGGUUUGCAGAUCCGGACUCCAGGAGGAAAGUGGCAAUACGUGAAGCCAAUCGAAGGCGGUAUUACCUGCAAUGCUGCCGAUACCUUGACCUUCUUGACGAAGGGUUUCGUUAAAUCUACCGUUCACCGUGUCGUGACGCCUCCAGCUGACCAACUCAACAUCGCUCGACUGGGGCUGCUCUACUUCAGUCGGCCUGGAGAUACCACUCCCAUGAGGCCAGUUCCCUCGCCUGUUCUCGACCGGCUCGGCCUCCUGACCCCUGAAGACAAGGACCUUAACGAGCCAGUUGUCAGUGGCAUCGAAUAUGUUCGCGCCCGAGUGAAGGACGUUCAUCAUAAGACCGUAGUGGAUAAACGCGAGGGGACUUCGUUCGAGUUCAGGGGGUUGAAAGUUCAGAAUUAUUACGAUUAG